UGAUGUAGAGGAAGUGUGAAGAAGAACCAGAGCCCAGAGAUGACACAGUUCAACCACAGUUAGGAAGGGAAUGAUUUUUUUGUCCUUCAGGUGUUUCAUGUUUCAGUCCUGCUGUGAGUUUCUGGGUGCAGUCAGCUGCAUGAUGAUGGUCUCCGUCAGCCUCCGUGGACCAUCACCACCAUCUGCACAACAGACGAGGGUUUGAGUCCAUAUUCAGACAGCGAUGGAGAGUCAUCGUCCAGCAGCUUUCCUCCAACAAUCAGCUGGACUUCAGCUACAUCAAACGAAAGGGGAGGGAGAGAGAGAGAGCGCGCUUGUGUUCACGUCAUCCAGAGUCAGCAGUUGCUAGGCUCACCACCGCUGCAGACGUCUUGCGGCUACAUCCAGCGCUAAACACCAACGAUGACCUCAUUCCCGGGUCUACUGCACAGCGCGAUGGCUUCAAAUGUGAGCACAAAACAGGAGAAAUGUUACAACCCUCAAGACCCAACACUUAGAUUUGUGGAUGGAGACGAUGAUCUGGAUUUUUUGUGUGAAGGCUUCAAGUCUUCAAGAGCUCUGAUGUCCUGCGGUCAUGCUGUGACUCCGACCUCUCUCACCAACUGGUGUCUCAGGUUGUUGGAGCAGGGUGAGAGCAGGUUUGUUUGUGGCCAGUUUGGUUGUGAUGUCGAGUGGCCUUUUGGAGAGGUUUGGAAAAUGGCUCUUCUGACCCCUCAAGAAAUGAAGUACUUUAAAAGAACCAUCGCCUUCAAUGCUGCCAGACAAACACUCAAGAUCAAAUUAUGUCCUGGAUGCAGAUCCUCUGUGGAGAGAGAGAAUGGAUCAGAUUUGAAUGUCCUCUGCAAAGUGUGCACAGCACAGAAAGGACGGCCCUACGAAUUCUGCUGGCAGUGUUUGAGGGAGUGGAAGGGUGCACGACCUCGCAAAGACCGCUGUGACAAUGAUGGCUGCUGCAACCAGUCACUAAAAGCUCUAGAAACCUGCCCAGAGAUCACUUUUGAGUCUAUGAAGGGUAUCCACGGGUGCCCCUCCGUCCGCGCCUGUCCCACCUGUGGCUUACUGGUGGAGCACACCAAGAGGAAUUGUAAAUCUCUUGUUUGUCCUCAGUGUAAGGUGAAGUUUUGUUUUGUGUGCCUGAAGAUCUUUACUGACUGUUUGAAAACAAGUGGCCCUUAUGCACCAUGCCCCAGUGGUGUGGCCCCCAGACAGAAAUCUAUACCUGUGUGGCAGAAGAAACCAGCUGCGUGUUUUACACUGCAAUCAAAAGUUAAUGUGUAA